AUGGACUUGCUUCGGCGUAGGCGACCUUCGAACGGUGGGAAACCCUAAACCCUAUGUUGCAUGUAUUUCUGCGAAUGGGUUGUGGUGCGGCGCCGUGCUCUUCUCACGCUCUUCGUCCUCUUACUUUCAGAUGCUAUUCUGCGGGAGCUGAGGGAAGGGAGCGCUCGGUUCGAACUCGCGCAGCCUCCCACGGCGUGUUCGUUCUCCUCUGCGGGUGCUCCUCGCUCGGGGUUCUUCGCCAGAAUUGGCUCACCCCUGUGAGUUCAUCUCCUCAGUCUAAAGGACCUGGUUCACGUUCUAUUUAUUUUGAGACUGCGUCGUGAAUACUAUGCGGCGGAGUUUCGAUCGUAGUAGAGUUACAACGUAGACCUCUCUUGUUUCCGGUUCAACGAAUCGAAGCUCCCCGGCUAUGAAAAAGCUGGAGCACUACUCCGUCGUGAAGGUGACGGGUGACGGGCGUUGCAUGUUUCGUGCCCUGGUGAGCCUCCGCAUCAGUUCAUCCGCUGUAAAAGAAGACCGAUUGCAUUGACCCCAAUCUGGUGGCUUCCUUCCUCCCUCUUUCUCGCCCCCAUCGAUCUCAUCGGUCAAAGCAUGAACAUUCCUUAUUUUGUUGCUGUGUUAUUUCUACUCGAUCUAAAGACGGAAUGGGGCCUGCAGGUAAAGGGAAUGGCCAUGAACAAGGGUCUGAAACUCAAUCCACAGCAAGAGGAAAACGACGCAGGUACAUACUUCAUCUCAUCUUCUUGGUGGUUCAACUUCACCCUUUAUCUGGUUACAGAUUUAAUAAUGCAAGACUGAUUGAUGGGUCCCAUUUGAUUCAGCAGAUAAAAUUCUUGAUCAUAUGCGUAUCAGACCAUCCAGCUCCUAACCAAUGUCCCUGUCUAUAAAAUCUCAAGAUUGUAUAUGUAUGUUCUUUCUAAUUUGGUCCCUUUUUUAGCACUCCUCCUUGUAUGCUGGCAAGCUCCGGAUGAAAUGGGUAUGCUGUUCAGGGGUAGGAUUUGCUCUCAUAACGCGUUGAUUGAAUGGGUCGGCCAUAGGCAAAUCAAUUGGAAACGAGAGAAGUAGACCCAUGCAUCGAGCCAUGAAGUUCUGCUUACUCUCUCUCUCUCUCUCUCUCUCUCUCUCUCGCUGUAGAUCUACCAUGGGUGUUUGGGAUUCCAUGCUUUUCUCUCUCCUUGAUUUCGCAGUUUAUUUCCUGAGCCCUUGGCUUCUCUCCCUUAUGGCAUGCAUACGCAGAUGAGCUGCGGAUGGCAGUCAAAGAGGUUAUCUGUGAGAGUGGAAGUGGGCGACUUCAGUACGAGGAGGCACUGGUUGCAAUUACCUCUGAGAAUUCACUGCAAAGGCGAGCAUUUUCGCCCCAAACCGAUCGAUCGCACCCACUUGUGACAUUUUUUUUUCUUUUUUGGGGGUGAAAUUGAUUUCAUCUGCAUCUUUUUAGGUACUGCAAGCUCAUUGGAAGGGCUGAUUUCUGGGGUGGGGAGGCAGAGCUCCUGGUAAGGCCUCAGAUGAUCAUCUCAUCCCUUUUCUAACUCCAUUUUCGGGGAUUUUUCUCCAAAAUUGGUGAUUCCGUUUCUGACCCGAAAACCCAAUCCAUAGGUUCUGUCGAAACUAUGUCGCCAGCCAGUCAUCGUCUACAUACCGGAGCAUGAGGUGGCCUUUCUUUCUUCGCUGAGAGUCCUCUGCUAAUAAUACCUUGUAUUUUUCAAUAAUAUCUUGAAUUUAUUUAUUUAUUUAUUUUGGUGGUCUAUUGAUGACAGCACGCAGGCGGUGCGCGGGGCCACGGUUAUAUCCCGAUUGCUGAGUAUGGGGCGGAGUUCAGGAGGGGGUCGUCGAAGAGGAAACCCAGGGGGCCGGUAAGGCUGCUGUACAGCGGGAGAAACCAUUAUGACUUGCUGGUUUGA